AUGGCUAGCUCAGGCAAUGAGGUGCUCUCCUGGACCUCGCAAGAUCCUCGCCAGAGUCAGCUCUUCGGCAGCUACGGGGUACUAUACCGCUUCACGGGUGUGAGCGUCACGACGCUCUGGCGGGCCAUUCGCGCCAACAAGGAGGACCGCGUCGCAAAGCUCGAGUGGGCACCAAACGGCGGCCUUGGUCGCGCGGUCAUCGGCAAGAGCACGCUCCCCAUGGCAGACUUGGUCCGCCCCGACCCACGCGCUACGAAUUGCAGGAUGUUCAACGGCCCCGAUGGCUAUCAGUACCGGUGGCGGCCUAGCAACAGCUCCAGUGACAUAGUCGAUCAGAACAACAACAUUAUUGCAUUUUACCGGCCCAUUAAGCCCGCACGAUAUAACAUCGGCGAUGUCUACGGGGAGCUGCACUUCGUACGGAACGCAGGGGCGGGCGUCGUGAUGCACCCUCCCCUCAUGGACACUGUGACCGUAACAGCCAUGCUUUAUCGUUUUGUCAUAACAUACGGCCUGUGA